UAAUUCCUGCAUUCCACAAGAUCAUAUUUCUAAUCACUGAACUGUUGGAACCGCCCAGGAAGUUUGCGACUAUAAUUGAAAGCGCAUCUUCGGUUUGAGCUGAGAGCUGAGGAACAGAAGCUGAGAAUUCAGACGAAAGACAAAUAGUUUCCACAUUUUGAUCUGCAGGUGUGUUAAACAUCAGAGGAAGUUCAAAUUCACCAAGUCAACAUGGGCAAUCAACAGUUUAAACCAAAACCUGGAGAUUUGAUUGAAAUACCUCGAAAGCGUUGGUAUAAACACUGGGCCCUCUACAUGGGAGAUGGAGACGUCGUGCAUUUAACUUCAGAUGGUGCAAGUGGAGAUACGAGUACUCGAUUCUCUAGGUCGGAAGGGAUUGGUGUGAUUAAGAGGGAGCCUCUCGCUGACGUAGCUGGCAAUAAUUCCUGGAAAGUCAACAAUAGAUUCGACAAAAUAUGGAAACCAUUACCCGUUGACAAGAUAAUAAAAAAGGCUAAUGAAAUGAUUGGAUGCAGAGUGCGUUACAAUGUACUAAGUGCAAACUGUGAACACUUUGUUAAUUCACUUCGGUAUGGUAUAGAUAUAUCAUUUCAGUUUAAACCAAAACCUGGAGAUUUGAUUGAAAUACCUCGAAAGGGUGGGUAUAAACACUGGGCCCUCUACAUGGGAGAUGGAGACGUCGUGCAUUUAACUUCAGAUGGUGCAAGUCGAGAUACGAGUACUCGAUUCUCUAGGUCGGAAGAGAUUGGUGUGAUUAAGAGGGAGCCUCUCGCUGACGUAGCUGGCAAUGAUUCCUGGGAAGUCAACAAUGGAUCAGAUGGAAUGUGGAAACCAUUACCCGUUGACAAGAUAAUAAAAAAGGCUAAAGAAAUGAUUGGAUGCAGAGUGCGUUACAAUGUACUAAGUGCAAACUGUGAACACUUUGUUAAUUCACUUCGGUAUGAUAAAGGUGUAUCAUUUCAGGUUAUUGCAGGAAUCGUCAUAAUUGGUGUAACGGCCAUCUUCAGUCCUGUUGCUGCUGUUGCUGCACUUGGUGCCGCCUGCCUUUUCAAGGUUUGUUCUUGUGUGAGCUCAUCAGUGAAAAGCGCAUCAGUGAAAAGCACAUCAGUGAAAAGCACAUCAGUGAAAAGCACAUCAGUGAAAAGCGCAUCAGUGAAAAGCACAUCAGUGAAAAGCACAAAACAAACCUAGAGUGUGCUGAGUUGUUAUUAAAGCAUUAAUCAACCCCAUUGAUUGAGUCGAUGCACCACCAGCAUUGCUGCCUCGCCAACAGUCUGUCUGUCCUUUCUACUGUUUUUAUUAAUUUGUGUGUCAAAAGAAUGUUUUAGAGUUUCUCGGUUUGUUUGAUGUGGGGGGGGGAUGGGGAGAAUUGGGGGAAACUUUUUUUCAAUCUCUUACCUCGACAGAGAUGCGAUUUUUCACGUAAUCGUAUCUCUGUCGCCUCUGCGGCCUAACAUCGAGGAGUUGGCGGUCUUUCCUGGAGAACGGCCGCGGGCGCUGAGCGGACUUCAACAUCGCGGAGCUGCGAUCCUUUUCCAUGGAUCGACUGUGGAGAGCUCCAACCGCGGGGCCUGUGGACUUUAACAUUGUGAAGCCAGCGGUCUCUGGUAAGAAGAGGCCGACUCGGGAGCUCCAUGUCACGGAGAGAGUUUCAAACGUCCCGACGCGGGAGUUCCAAUCAUCCCGACGCGAGGGCCUCGGAGAGUCAGUAGCGGUGACUGCGGAGGGUUCAACAGCCCCGACCGCGUUGAACAAAGAGGAAGAUAAUUGAACUUUAUUACCUUCCAUCACAGUGGAAUCUGCUGUGGUGCAUGUUUAUGUUACAUUUUAUUUUAUGUGGCAGGGUGCCUUGUUGCUUUUCACUUCGUAUGGCUGUAUGGGAACUCAAAUUUCACUGUACCUUAAUUGGUUCAUGUGACAAUAAAUUAAUCUUGAAA